AUUAUGUUGUGCCGCCUCCCAAAAAGAGGAGGUUCCCUCUUCGUUAUCGCCCCCCUUUGGUCGCUGUGUUCUCCGUGGGCUGAAAGAAUUCUCCUAAUUGGCGUCAGAAUCGCUCGCACAACCCGAUCUUUCUGUGAUGCGAAGGUGUUUUGAGGUUAUCUCUGCAAGGCCUCAAAGUUUCUCGAGGUGAGGAGCUGAUUCCCUUCGCCGUUUCAUCGGGGAAUGGGGAACACGGGAAGCCGCGCCGGCGGGGGCGGCGCUGGCCUUGUCGGUGGUCGGCGGAGGAACUCUGGACGUCACCACCAUCACCACCACCAUCCGCCUCCCUUCGGCCCCGCCCCUUCUCCACCGGCUCCGCAGCCGCAGCAGCAGCCGCCGCCGCCGCCGGAGGUGACUGCCAACCGUUACGUGUUUGCCGCGGCGACCCCUUACCCGCCACAGUACCCUAACCCGAACCCCCCGCAGUACUUCCAGUACGGGUACUACCCGCCCCCGCCACCGGCGAUGCCAGCGCCUCUCCCGGCGCCGUUCGACCACCACCACCGCGGAGGCGGAGGCGGAGGCGGGGCACACGGGGAGUACCCGACCCACCACCCGGGGUGGGUUGGCACCGGGAGGUACCCGCCGUGUGUUCCUCCGCCACCUCCACCUCAUUAUGUCGAGCACCAGAAGGCCGUCACCAUCAGGAACGAUGUUAAUAUUAAGAAGGAGACCCUCAGGGUCGAGCCCGAUGAGCAGAAUUUUGGUCGAUUCCUCGUCGCUUUCACGUUCGACGCCACCGCCGCGGGAAGCAUCACUGUGUUCUUCUUUGCAAAAGAAGGUACAGCCUGCAACCUGACUGCAACAAGAGAGGACUUGCUUAAACCAGUCACAAUAUGUUUUAAGGAAGGUUUGGGUCAGAAGUUUAGACAACCAUCUGGAACAGGAAUUGACUUCUCAGUAUUUGAUGGGGCUCAGUUGAUAAAAGAGGGAGGAGAAUUGGACUUGUAUCCCCUUGCUAUAAAAGCAGAAGCUUUUCCAUCCAGCAAUCAAGGGCCAGUUGAUGAGAACUCAAAUUUAGGAACCUCAAAUUCACAGAUUACACAGGCCCUCUUUGAGAAGAAAGAGAAUGGUGAGUAUCAUGUUCGUGUGGUGAAGCAGAUCUUGUGGGUCAAUCAGACCAGAUACGAGUUGCAGGAGAUCUAUGGCAUAGGGAACUCGGUUGACAAUGACACUGAUGGGAAUGACCCAGGGAAAGAAUGUGUGAUUUGUCUAUCCGAACCACGGGAUACCACGGUUCUCCCUUGCAGGCACAUGUGCAUGUGCAGUGAAUGUGCAAAGGUUCUUAGAUUCCAGACCCAUCGGUGCCCGAUAUGCAGGCAGCCGGUGGAGCGACUAUUGGAGAUCAAGGUCAACGACAGAUCCGAGCAGCAGCAGCAGCAGCAAGAGGCCCAGGGUUGACAUAGAAGUUGAUUCAGCAGGUGGUGAUGCAUGGUUUUGUGAGUAUUAUAAGGAUUGGCAAUAAAGGUUGAAUUCAUAUGAGUAAUGUUGUUGACUGAAAGAGCAAACCAAAUGUAUAUUCCUGGCAUCUGCUUGCUUUGGUGAGGAGUUCCUUACGAAAGACCAAGUAUGUAUCAGAUUGAAGGACAUAUGUAUUCUGGUCUGUUCUUUUUCUUA